AUGGAAGCAGACAGACUUGCAAGCAGAAAGAGAUGGAAGCAGACAGACAUGGAAGAAGACAAACAGGGUGGCAAGCAGACAGGGAGGCAGACAGGCAGGAAAGCAGGCGGACGGGGUUGGCAGACAGACAGGGAGGCAGACAGACAGGGAAGCAGAAAGGCAGGGAAGCAAACAGACAGGGAAGCAGGCGGACAGGGAAGAAGACAGACAAAAUCACAGACAGGGAGGCAGAUAGACACGGUGGCAAACAGACAUGGUAGCAGACAACUCAGGGAAGCAAACAGACGGGUUAAAAGGCAGACAGGGAGGCAGACAGACAGGCCAGCAGACAAAUAUGGUUGGCAGCAAAACAGGGACGCAAACAGACAAGGAAGCAGGCCUACAGUGUUUGGCACAGACUGUGAAGCAGACAGAGAGGGUGGCAAAGAGACAUGGAAGCUGAGAGGCCGACAAGCAGACAGACAGUUUUCUGGACGGAUUUGGAAGCAGACGGAGAGAAUUGCAGGCAGACAUGGAAGCAGAAAGGCGGGGAAGCAGCCAUACGGGGUGGCAAAAGACAAGGAGGCAGACAGGCAGAGAGAGCAGACAGACAUGGUGGGAUUCAGACAAACAGGGGAAGCAGACAGACAUGGAAGAAGGCAGAAGGGCUGGUGGACAGAUAGGGCAGCAGGCAGACACGGAAGCAGACAGACAUGGAAGCAGACAAACAGGGUUGCAGACAGAUAUGGUUCAGAGAGGGUUGCAGACAGACAGGGGAACAUACGGAAGACAGACGGGGAGGCAGACAGACAGAGAGGCACACAGACAGGAAAGGAGCCAGAAAUGAAAGCAAACAGACAGGAUUACAGACAGACAGGGUAUCAGACGGAAUACAGACGGGGAGGCAGACAGACAGAGAGGCAGACUGAUAUGAAAGGAGCCAAAAAUGGAAGAAGACAAAGAGGGUGGCAGGCAGAUAUGGGAGCAGAGAGGCAGGAAAGCAGACAGACGAACCGGCAGACAGACAGAGCAAUCAGACAGGGAGGCAGACAGACAAGGAAGUAG